AUGACGGGCGGUCGCAACAUGUCUGGCGGACACCAGACCAUACCUGCUAGUGGAGUUCGUCCCAAGCGCACCGCCGAAGCUUCCGAUCGCUACAUCUCUCCCGAAAGCAAAAAACCGCGAUUCGACCACCGCAACCCUUCGACUCUUGCCCCUGAUGCUCCGGAAGAAGACGCCAUCCUGGAGCUGGAUGAGAUCGGAAAGGGCGGUCUGCAGACCAAGCGCAACGCCGUGAAGCUCGAUGGUUACGAAAGCGACAGCAGCGACGACAACUUCGAAGCCAGAGCAGAUGAAAAGGCAGAGCUUGCCAAGCAGGAAGGAAGAUCUCACAACGGAAAAGGCCCAAAGAACGCCGGUUGGGAUGCACGCGGCCAGGACUCUGGAAAAUCAAAAGACGAAGAUGAGAUGGACAUGUUUGCCGACGUCGACGAAGGCACCGGAGGUGUCGGAGGUACCGCAGAUGGCGACGACGAUGAAGAGCUCAAAGGUGAAGGCAAGAAGACCAAAAANGAUGUACGCUUCAUGGAUAUCGACGACAUUGAAGGUCAAGUUCACAAGAGCAAAUCUGGCGGCCACGUUCGCGCUGAUUUCACUCUCGAUCCCAAGGGCAAGUCGCGUGCCGAGGAUGAUGCCAGUGUCGAGAGCAGUAGCGAGAGUGGUAGCGAUUCGGAACGCGACCGUCUGGACGACGAGAACGAAGAUGCCGAAGAAUUAGGUGCUGGCAGUAAGAAGAAGCAUGCCCCUAAACUCGAUGCCUUCAACAUGCAGCAAGAGGGCGAAGAAGGUCGUUUUGACGAAGCUGGAAACUUCAUCCGCAAGGCAGUCGACCCAGACUCUGUUCACGACAGCUGGCUAGAAGGUCUGAACAAAAAGGACAUGAAAAAGGCUAAAGCUGCCCAAGAGAAGCGCGACGAAGAGCGAAGGAAACAAACCGCUGCUGACGACGCUCUGCUAACAUCCGAUCUGCUCUCCACACUUAUCACACAUCUUCACAAGGGCGAAUCAGUGCUCGAAGCUCUACAGCGCCUCAACGCAGCAGCUCCCAAAUCAAAGCAGAAGAAAGUACCCAAGUGGAAGCAAAAGAAGCUAGCCGCCAAGUCAGAUGCCAUGGACGUGGACGCAGAUGGAGGUGCUCAGGAAGACCCAGCUGAGAGACGCCGCGUAGCUGCCGUUGAAGCCAUCACCGCUGCUGCAGAUGCCAUAUUCAGCCGCAACAACCCCGACAUCUACGACCAUGAACGCGAACUGCUACAGCGUCUAUACAAGCGUGAGACUGGUGAAGAUUGGCUCGAUCCCGUCGCAGAAACGCCAGCAGACGAGAAUGCCAUGUUCGAGUUCCGUUGGGUGGAUGCUCGAGAUGGUGGGCAAACGCAUGGUCCUUAUGACAAGAACACCAUGCGUGCAUGGCGUGAAGCCGGAUACUUUGGCCAGGAGGCUGAAGUAGAGUUCAGACAGGUUGGUCUGGAUGGCUGGUCAAGAAGUGCAGAUUUUGACUAG